CCCAUCUUUCUUCCUGCCCAUCACACAAUAGGCUUUCGCUAGCUUCAGUAAUCAUCACCACUUCGUCCUUUGCGUAUAAGUAACAAUCAAAGGGCUCUCGCAAAAUGGUCCAUAGGUUUCUCCACAUUGUCCAAUCUUCUUCUCCUACCCUUCACUGUUGAGUGUUGACAGUGCUUUCACCUACAGGAAGAAAACAGACCCAUUGGUGAGGGUUGUAAACAUCAAACCCCAAACCCAUAAAGUCCAUUUUGAACUUCGGGGAUUCUGUGUGUCUCAAUGUCUUCGAUUUUUGCAUUACAGAGCUCGAUUCUCACAUGGGUUUUGCUCGAGAGGGGUUCAGGAUAAUUUUUUCUUAAAGAAGAAUAGUUACAACGGAGGGUUUCAUGGAGAAGAAUGAAGCUAUGGAAGGAAAGAAAAAGGAGGGAAAUGGGGGAAAAAUUGAUGCUUGUGCUGACUUCGUGGAGGAAAAGGGUCGCCAGAGCUGUUCCAGUUCUGAAUUUCUAUCAUCUGAGACGACAGGGCAUGAAGAGCAAAAUCAGAGCAGUACUGAGGAAUCACCUUCUCCACCUUCAACAAUGGGAUGGCCUGUUAAGGAAAUUGAUGAUGGAGAGAAAAAGAACUUGGAUGAUAAGAAAAUGGAGAAGCAAGUUUCAGUGUUAUCAGAGAUUGAGAUGAUGAAAGAGAGGUUUGCAAAAUUGUUACUCGGAGAAGAUAUGUCUGGUUGUGGAAAUGGAGUCCCUACUGCCUUGGCUAUAUCAAAUGCCAUAACUAAUCUAUGUGCCACCCUCUUUGGGCAAGUAUGGAGAUUAGAACCAUUGCCUCCUGAGAAAAAAGCAAUGUGGAGAAGAGAGAUUGAGUGGCUUCUUUGUGUCAGCGAUCACAUUGUUGAGUUGACACCUACUUGGCAGACUUUUCCAGAUGGUAGCAAGCUUGAGGUCAUGACUUGUAGACCCCGCUCGGAUCUUUAUGUCAAUCUGCCAGCACUACGUAAAUUAGAUAACAUGCUUCUUGAAAUAUUAGAUAGUUUUGUCAAGACAGAAUUUUGGUAUGUUGACCAGGGGGUUCUAGCCUCAGAUGCAGAUGAUGGUUCUUCUUCUUUUCAGAGGGCCGUUCAGCGCCAAGAGGAAAAAUGGUGGCUCCCAGUACCCCGAGUCCCUCCAUGUGGCCUCCAUGAAAAUUCAAGAAAGCAGUUGCAGCACAAGCGGGAUUGUACCAACCAAAUAUUAAAAGCUGCAAUGGCCAUCAACAGUAUCACUUUGGCUGAAAUGGAAAUUCCAGAGGCAUAUUUGGAAUCCCUUCCUAAGAAUGCAAGAGCCAGCCUGGGGGAUCUUAUUCAUCGGUAUAUUUCAUCAGAGCAAUUCUCUCCAGAUUGCCUGCUUGCCUGCCUGGAUUUAUCCUCCGAACAUCAAGCUAUAGAGAUCACCAACCGAGUGGAGGCUUCUAUCUACAUAUGGCGUAAAAAGACCAAUUCCAAACCUGCUUCCAGAUCCAGUUCUAGAUCAUCUUGGGGCAUGGUCAAAGAUCUGGUCGGUGAUGCUGAAAAAAGGGAACUGCUUGCUGAUAGAGCAGAAAGCCUUCUGCUAUCUUUGAAGCAACGCUUCCCUGGCCUUCCUCAAACAACCUUAGACAUGAGCAAAAUCCAAUACAACAAGGAUGUUGGGAAAUCAAUUCUGGAGAGCUACUCUCGGGUACUAGAAAGUUUGGCUUUUAACAUCAUAGCACGGAUCGAUGAUGUGUUUUAUGUGGAUGAGCUGACCAAACAUUCUGAUCACUUCUCAUCAUUAUCAAAAGUUGGAGUAGUUGCUCACAAGAGUAUUACAGUGCCAUUCACUGUUCCUGUCCCAAGCAGUCCAUAUAAAACAGCUUUUGCCACGCCGAGCUUUUCACCAGCACAAGGCAUCAGCCCAGUGAAGGGAGAAAAAUCCCAAUUUAUGAAUGGCAGCAGAAACCUUCCCCAUCAUGGCGGGGUAGGUGUGAAGAAAGUUUUGACAGAUUUUCUUAGCAUUGAUAUGAAAGGGAAGGGCUAUAGCAGCAGGAACCCAAUUGAGAAACUAGUGCAAACACCAGAGAGGUCUGAAGAAAAGGCAGCAUAUGAAACAGACUUGGAUUCUAGUGAGUGCACUGAAGAAGCUACUAGCCCCGAGAAGAUAAAGGACCAAGCAUGGAAAGAGUAGGAGAGGUCCUUCGACCUCAUUUCUAAGACCCGUCGUACUGGGCCUUCUGUUUCUUUUUUAGAUGUAUAUGUAAUGCAUAGAGGGAUUCCCAUUUCGAGUGGAUAAGAGCAUCUUCCGUUGUUGUUUAUAUAUUAUCUACAUGUGGUUAUUAUAUUGUCUAUA